AUGUAUCUCUAUUCCCUAUGCCCCCACAAGCGAAAUAAGACGUUCACAGAGGAGCGACUGAAGAGGGACUUUGGAGAGUACGGCGACAUUGAGUUGGUCAACUUUCUCAAGGAAAAGAACUGUGCCUUUGUCAACUUUACGAACAUUUCCAAUGCGACCAAGGCCAUCGAGGCCAUCAAGAGCAAGCCCGAAUAUGCCAACCUGAGGAUCGCGCACGGGAAAGAUCGAUGUGCGAACCCCCCGAGAUCGGGACCGCAGGGGGCGUCUGGUGGACGGAGGUCGACGUCAGGUGCUGGCGCUCCCGAAGAUAUGGAGGGCGUCGAGGGUGGGGACGGGGAUGAAGUCGCCAACAUUGAGCCGAUGGCGGCAUAG